GGGAUGGCGGAGCAGUGGGAUCUGGACGAGGAAGGCGUCCGCCGCCUGGGGGCGCUGACUCUGGAGCAGCCCGAAUUGGUGGAGUCUCUUUCAUUGCAGGGAUCUUAUGCUGGAAAAAUUCAUUCCAUUGGUGACGCCUUCAGAAAUUUUAAAAACCUCCGAUCCUUAGAUUUAUCAAGAAAUUUGAUCACAAGCCUGAAGGGCAUCCAGUACUUAUGUUCACUCCAAGACCUGAAUUUAUAUUAUAACAACAUUCCUUCAUUAGUGGAGGUGUCCCGCCUACAGCCUUUACCCUUCCUCAAAGAACUAGAUUUGAGACUCAAUCCUGUUGUCAGGAAAGAUACAGAUUAUAGGCUCUUUGCUGUGUACACGCUACAAACUCUGGAGAAACUGGAUGACCGAGCUGUGCGAGAAAGUGAGAGAAAAGCUGCCAAGCUGCAUUUUAGUCAGUUGGGCAACAGUGAAAAUUUUCUUUUAGAGGUGGAAAAAAGCUCUAGGGAGAAGACAGUGAAAAACUUUGUGACAGAUGAGAGCUGUGCAUCAAAAGUCAGUGCCGAUGUUGAUAACAGAAUUGAAACUGACUCAAACAAAGGACUUUUUAUUCCCUUCCCCAACCGGGAAAUAAAGGAUUCCCUAAUGAGUACUUCUGCAACCCAGGGCAAUGGUAUACCAGAUCAGAAAUUAGACACUUGCCCACUGGGAACACAGACAUUCAACUUUUUUUCCUUGCAGGAAGUGGCAAGAAGGGAGAUCCCAAGUGACAAUCACCAGGAAGAUGAAUUUAGACACUACUCUCCUCGUCAGUCCACGGUCCGAUCCCCAGAGAAGAUGUCUCGAGAAGGCUACCGACUAUCUUUUUUGGACAAUAAGUCUUCAGGUUCUUCUCCAGAAAAGGAUUUGAUACUAAAAUCUGAUACUUACCAGCUUACCCAUGAUGUCUCAUUGGGUAAACGUCUGGAUGUGGGUGAUUCUAGCCAGAUCCAUCCCUUUCAGUUACCUGCAGAUGUUGGUCUAGAAAAGUAUGAUAGUCAUUAUUCUCACAAUCUAUCCCUGCACGGAAGUCUUGGAAAAAGGCCUCAGAGAAGCAAGAACUACCGAGAAUAUAGCAUAAAGCCUUCAAAUGACAUGAAGGCCAGCGCAUCUCAUUCCUGUGGAGACUUACUGACUUCUCUGUCAAACCCUGACUCUGGCACCGGAAGGCUUUUGAAGCUUAGUUCAGAUCUGUAUGCCACAACCCAUUUCAACAGUGACCCUGCUCUGCUGGUAAAUGUAGAGCAACAAUUAUCUACCAGUCUCAGUGACUUAACACCAGCACCUGGCUCUUUGCCAAACAACUCUGCCCUGGGAGACUCUCUACGGACACGGCUGUUGCCUACUGGGACCUCAGAACACAGAGAGAAUCUGACCAAGAGGUCAUUAAGCCCAUCGAGGAGAGGAUUCAAACGGAAGGACAAUAGCCCUGCCACCCUGAAUCCAAAGAUUGGUUUCAGAGAUGCUACGGGAAGCGAGCCUCUUUCUAGUGACCUGGGCAGUUUGCAUGGUUUGCCAGGAAACCACAGUCCCCCGAUCUCUGCCAGAACCUCCCAUGUGGCCACUGUCCUCAGACAGCUUUUAGAGCUUGUGGAUAAGCACUGGAAUGGCUCUGGCUCUCUCCUUCUUAACAAGAAGUUUCUCGGUCCUGCCCGAGAUUUACUUCUGACUUUGGUAGUCCCUGCUCCUUCCCAGCAGUGGUGUCACUCACAUCCUGAAGAUAUGUCAAAAACCUUCCGCAGGAGAGAGAUGGAACUGAAGGAAGCUGGGCAUGUGGUCCCUAAUGACAUGGAAAGUUUGAAGCAAAAACUGGUCAGAGUGCUAGAAGAAAACCUCAUUUUGUCAGAAAAAAUCAAGCAGUUGGAGGAAGGUGCUGCUACCUUGAUUGUGAGUGGGCACCAGUCACACACCUAUGAUGAUCUUCUGUGCAAAAACCAACAGCUGAACAUGCAGGUGGCUUGCCUGAACCAGGAGCUUGCCCAGCUGAAAAAGCUGGAGGAGACAGUGGCCCUUCUCCAUGAAAGUCAGAGAUCCCUGGUGGUAACUAAUGAGUAUCUGCUGCAGCAGCUGAAUAAAGAGCAAAAAGGUUAUUCUGGGAAAGCACUCCUGCCUCCUGAGAAGAGUCAUCAUUUGGGGAGAUUGUCACCCUUGGGGAAAAGCACGCUGUCUUCCUCCUCACCAGUGGCACAUGACACGGGUCAGUAUCUAAUACAGAGUGUCUCAGACUCUGUUCCAGAGCCUAGUUUAUGGAGCUAGCACUGAGCACCUUCUCUGCAGCUUCCCCUCUCGGCCUCGGGGGGGCUCUCGGUGUCAUUGCCACUAGCAUGGUGGUAUUUACUCACAAGAUUAAGAAAAAAUCUUACUUCGAUUACUUUGUAUUGGUCCUUUUUAUUUCUUUUUUU